GUGCCUUCCCAUUGCACAAAAACAAAGGAAGAAGCAAAAAGGUGAAAAUCAGUCACAAAUGACUUCUGACGGUGUCUCUUUGUAGGCAAGGGUUUUUGUAGGGUUUCUCUUCUUUAUUUUCCUUUCUCCACAAAAGAAAAACUGUCAAAAAAGAAAAUGGGUUCUUUAAGAAAUGGAACAGAGAGUGAAAGAAUCAGGGAAGAAGACGAACAGGAGCCAAUACUGAAGGAACAAAACCAGAGGUUUUGCAUGUUUCCAAUCAGAUAUAAGGAGCUUUGGGAGAUGUAUAAGAAGGCUGAGGCCAGUUUCUGGACAGCUGAGGAGGUUGAUCUCUCCCAGGACAUGCAGCAAUGGGAAGAACUGUCUGAUUCAGAGAAACACUUCAUAAGUCAUGUGCUGGCAUUUUUUGCUGCAUCUGAUGGGAUUGUUUUGGAAAAUUUGGCUGCAAGAUUUCUAAAUGAUGUUCAAAUUCCGGAGGCCCGGGCAUUCUAUGGAUUUCAAAUUGCAAUGGAGAACAUUCAUUCUGAGAUGUAUAGUUUGCUUUUGGAGACAUACAUCAAGGACUCAAGGGAGAAGCAUAGGUUGUUUAAUGCUAUUGAAAACAUUCCUUGUGUGGCUGAGAAGGCAAAGUGGGCAUUGGAUUGGAUCCAGAGUUCCAUGGUUUUUGCAGAGAGACUUGUUGCUUUUGCUUGUAUUGAAGGAAUUUUUUUCUCAGGAAGCUUCUGCGCCAUUUUCUGGCUUAAAAAGAGAGGCUUGAUGCCAGGUUUGACAUUCUCGAAUGAACUAAUAUCUAGAGACGAGGGGCUGCAUUGUGACUUUGCUUGCCUUCUUUAUAGUUUGUUGCAGAGGCAACUUCAUUGGCAAAAAGUUUAUCAUAUUGUUGGUGAAGCAGUGGAAAUUGAGACCAAGUUUGUUUGUGAGGCCUUGCCAUGUGCAUUGAUUGGCAUGAAUGCCACACUGAUGAUCGACUACAUAAAGUUUGUUGCUGACCGUCUUUUGGUUGCCUUAGGUUAUCAGAAGAAGUAUAAUGUUGAAAAUCCCUUUGAUUGGAUGGAAUUCAUAUCCUUGCAAGGGAAAGCAAAUUUCUUUGAGAGAAGGGUAGGGGACUAUCAAAAGGCUUCUGUUAUGUCAAGCCUGCAAGAUGGUGGGAAAAACUAUGUUUUCAAGAUGGACGAGGACUUCUAGUCUAUUUGUUAGUGAAAUUCCUGCUUGGAAGUGGAACUCUGCACUGCUUGUUGCGGCUCUGCAGCUGUAUUCAUUAAAUUCUUGAACAUGAUAGAGCUUUCGAAGAAUCAAAAAUAUUCAGAAUGCAUGAUAGGAAAUGUUGCCGUCUCCGUUUGCUAGGAGGGAAGAUGUCAAUGAGUAAUUGUUCAAUCAGGUGCCUUCUUCCAAUCAUGCUGCUAACCCACCACUUCACUAUAAAGUCGUUUGAUGUACAGGGUGGAAAGAGAAAAGAUGCUGCCUAGAUGACUCCAUCAGAAGCAUUCAUGAUCAAAGAAACACUUAUCCACUGCCUCUAUAACUGAUGAAUUGAUGCUGGGGUGGUAGUGUAAUCAUGAUUAAAUGAAUAAGUGAUGUUUUAUCAUAAGCUUUUAAUCAAUUUUCUUUUUGUCAAAGUAGUAAUUAUUGUAAUCAUGAUUAAAUGAGUAUUGAGUUGUUUACCA